AUGGAACACGAACCACCUGUUGGCGGCCAGCACUACAGCGGCCGGAACAGGAUCCCCAACAUCCAGGAGUUUGUCGCCCAGCUUGACAAGGAAAAGGCUGAGCGCGAUGCUGCCAUUGAUGCCGAGCUCAAGAACAACAAGGCGAAGGGUGAGACGCAGGACCAUGUGCCCGAGAAGAAGCACCGCCUACAUAAGAACAAGAAGACCAAGACUGUUCGCGACCCCGUCACCGGGAAAGAUGUAGAGAUCGAGGACGCCAAGACGGACUUUAAAGAGGCCGUUGAAACCCCCAAGAUUUCCAUUCCCAACGAAAACCUCGGCAAAGAAGCCACCGUCGCGACCUCCUCAGACCAGUCGGGCGAGGAGUACCGUCGUGCCCAGGACAUCACGGCCCCGCCGGAUCCCGUCGAGCCGGGAAGCACCUCCGACGUGCCGAUUCACAGCGAGAAGACCAAUGUCCUCUUCUACAAGACUCCCAGUGUCAGCUAUGAGCCCAUGUUCGACGCCCUCGAGGCCCGCGCCAAUGUCAUGUGCGCCGCCAUCUUCUUCGGCAUCAUCUUCAUUGGCAAGUUCUUCGGCGGCAGCCUCUGGGGGCUGAUGCCCCUGUCUGUUUGCAUUGCGAGCGGUGUCUACCUCUGGUGCCGCGAGCUCAUUCAGCAGGGACGCAACGUGGAGUGGUCGAGCGAGAAGGAGCGCGGUGAGACGGCCACCGUCAACCUUGUGCCUGAGUCUGUUGAGUGGAUGAACACAGCCCUGGGCAUCAUGUGGGGUCUCAUCAACCCCGAAAUGUUCGCCGGUGUUGCCGACACGCUCGAGGACGUCAUGGUGGCCUCUAUUCCCGGCAUUGUCGAGAAUGUUCGUGUUGCCGAUAUCUCUCAGGGAUCGAACCCCAUUCGCAUCCUCAGCCUGCGCGCCCUGCCCGACGACCACAUGAAGGACGUCAAGGAGGAGACGCGCAAGCAGACCGAGAAGAACACCGACCCCAACGAGCUCGCCGCCAUGGAGCAGGCUGGCUCCUACUACAACCUCGAGGCGUCCAUCGCCUAUCACGCGAAGCCGUCCGGCGGUGACAUCUCGUCCAAGGCCCGCAACAUGGGUAUGCAGCUUGUCUUCUACCUCGGUGUCCGUGGCCUUAUCGGCAUCCCGCUGCCCAUCUGGGUCGAGCUGCAGGGCCUCGUGGCAACGGCACGAAUCCGCCUCCAGCUCGUACCUGAGCCGCCUUUCCUCAAGACCUUGACGUUCACGCUCAUGGGCAUCCCCAAGGUGCAAGCCGGCUGCACGCCCAUGAUUGAAAAGGGCGUCAACAUUCUGAACCUCCCCAUCAUUUCCAACUUUGUCAACUGGGCCAUUGGUGCUGCGGCGUCCAUGUACGUCGCGCCCAAGAGCAUGACCCUUGACAUGAGCAAGAUGAUCCAGGGCGACGACAUCAAAAAGGAGACCCAGGCCCUCGGCGUCCUCUUCGUCCGUAUCCACCGCGCCACCGGCCUCAGCAAGCAGGACAGACGUGGCAGCGACGGUGGCGGAUCGGACCCGUACAUCACCAUUGCCUGGAGCAAGUUUGGCAAGCCCCAGUUCUGCACGCGUGUCAUUCAAGACGACCUCAACCCCAUCUUUGAGGAGAGCUGUGGGCUUCUCGUCACGGCCGAUCUCAUCAAGGCCGACGAGCAGCUCUCUGUCGAGCUCUGGGACAGCGACCGCGCUUCGGCCGACGAUGUCGUCGGCAAGGUCGAACUCAGCAUCCAGAAGCUCAUCCAGCACCCCGGCAAGAUGUUCCCGCAGGUCUCGAAACUGCGCGGCGUCAAGGCCGAGAGUGAGAUGCCCGGCGAACUCGUAUGGGAGGUCGGCUACUUUGGCAAGACGCAGUUUCGCAAGGCGCUCCGCACUGACGGCCGCGACGUCAACCUGCCCAAGGAGCUCAAGGACAAGAAGGAGCUGCAGGACGACAAGGGCGCCAUCGACACGGCCGAGGAAGACUCGGUCGUGCACACGCCCCCCGACCCGCUGUGGCCCUCGGGCAUCCUCAGCAUCGUCGUGCACCAGAUUGUCGGUCUCGAGCUCGCCAACAUUACGGGCUCCCAGGGCAACCGCAAGGGCCGCGAGUUCGAGCCCGCGCGUCCCGAGGCCGGCGAGGUCAAGGAAGAGUCGGGCAAGAAGUUGCCGAGCUCGUACUGCACCAUUCUCAUCAACGACGAGCUGGCGUACAAGACACGCACCAAGGUCGUGUCGUCGCAUCCCAUCUUCAACGCCGGUACCGAGCGCUUCGUGCGCGACUGGAAGUCCUGCAUCGUCACGGUUGCCGUCCGCGACUCGCGCAACAGGCAGCACGACCCCAUCAUUGGCGUCGUGCCGCUCAAGGUGUCGGACAUUCUCCAGACGGGCAGCGAGGCCACGCGCUGGUACCCUCUCGACGGCGGCAUCGGCUUCGGCCGGAUCCGCAUCUCGCUGCUGUUCCGGUCGUGCGAGCUCAGGCUGCCGCCGAGCCAGAUGGGCUGGGACAUUGGCACGUUUGAGUUCCUGGGCAACAACAUCAAGGCCGAGCGCUACGGCCGGUCCAAGACCAAGGUGCGUCUCCGGACCGGUGGCAGCUCGGCGUCGAUCAAGCGCGACGCGUGCACGAAGCACACGGAGGGCGAAGGCAUGGACUGGGACAUUAGCGGCGAGAACAAGCACGACAAGAUCCGGCUGCCGGUGCGGUACCGCUACCGGUCGCCCAUCUUUUUCGAGUUCUACCCGGCCGGCAAGCGGCACCCCGACGCGUAUGCAUCGCUGUGGCUGCAGGAGCUGGUGGACCUCGAGGAGCACGACUUUGACCUGCCGAUCUGGAAGUGCGACAACGGCACGCGUCUCGCGCAGAACUUUAUCACGCAGGACAACUUCAAGGACGUGCCGGUGCUCAAGGUGGAGGAGGUGGGCCGGCUGCGAUUCCGGGGCCGGUUCUCGGCGGGCACGGACCGGGACCACAUCAAGUUUGUGUCGGACAACAACUCGCGCGAGACGAUCGAGACGUGGGAGGCGUGCUUCGCCGAGGGCGUACGGCAGGAGGAGGUGCACAGCGAGGUGCCGCCGGCGAUCCAGAAGCUGCACGACGAGUCGCUGACGCACGGGCGCGACGUGCUCGCGCAGGCGGACGAGAAGGAGAAGGAAAAGUGGCUGGCGAAGGACGGCACGGACUGGACGGGGGCGUUCGGGACGGACCCCAAGGACAUGAUGGACGGCAGCCAGGUGGACCUCAACAAUGACGAGAACCACGACGACGUUAGCAACUCGGACUCGGACUCGGACGACAGCAACCCCGACCUCGGCAUCUCGGACGGCGAGACGCUGUCGAGAGGGGGCUCGCACGAGGGCGGCGUCACGUCGGGCGCGAGCGACCCGCGGCCGUCGUCGGCGGGCACGCGGCCGUCGGGCGACACGACGCGGACGACGGACAGCCAGCUGCACGAGCGGGCGUCGAAGAGCAACAGCCCGCUGGACGCGUACAAGGAGUACAAGGACCACAGCCGCGACCUGCACCGCAAGCACCGGGGCCUGAUGCAGUGGCGGCCGGUGAGGAACAUGCAGUUUGCUAAGAACGAGGCGCUGUUCGCCAUGAGAAAGGUGAAGAAGCUGGGGGCGCUCGACGGCCGGAAGCCCGAUGUCGAGACGGAGGUGUAG